CGAUAUUGUUACUUCUUCAAAAUGGGGGGGGAGUUUACUUUCCAUUAUUUUUGAACCUUUUGAAUGGAUUUUGUUUUCCCCGACAUCAUCGAUAAUCGAUCAUCAAAAAUCAUAUCGACUACCGUACGGGAACAACUCAUCUCUCAAACUGAAGUCGAUCGACGAAGGAAAGCUUCAGAAGUAGAAGUAUCACUAGUAGUUGUGAAAACUGACUGCCUAAAACCAGUCAUCUAAAGCACAAACUAAUUACAAUUCGAAAUACUGCCUGGAAUAUGAUUCUGAAAGGAACUCUGAUAAGUAGUCUACGAAACUGCGCAAGCCGAGGACUCGUUGUCCCGAGCCAAUCUCGUGAUUUCGUGAGCCGAAGGUUCGCAUCUUCGAAUUCAUCGAACACUCCUCCAAAAAAGACAAACAAUCUAGUGUGGCAAGUUGGUACCGUCGCUGCGGUGGUGGGUGCCUACGCCAUUGGUCUUAAUUUCACGCAGGUUAUAUCCGACCGUGCGAAAGAAAACGAGGACGACGACAUCGGGGAUGAAGCUCUGCGAGAAAUCACCUCUCGUGUAUUCUUCGACAUGAGCAUCGACGGCAACGAGGUGGGACGGAUCGUUGUUGGUCUGUAUGGCAAUGCGGUGCCGAAGACUACACUGAACUUUGAAACAUUGGCAAAGGGAGACACUACACAUCCUCGCGGAAGGAAGCUGUCCUACGAAGGUUCCACUUUCCAUCGAAUCAUACCUGGCUUCAUGAUCCAGGGUGGAGAUUUCACGAACCACAAUGGUACCGGAGGUUUAUCGAUCUACGGCGACAAAUUUGCUGACGAACGAAACGGGCUUACACGUUUUCGACACACAGGACCCGGAAUUUUGUCGUAAGUAAUUUUUUGCACUAUCAUAAAGUUUGGGAUGUUGAGCCGAAAAAGAAUCACGCGAGUUUGUUUUUCCAAGUUGUAGAUUGUACUAACAGCACUUCUGUCCAUAAUGUUUACACUGGGAACUGCACCAAAAUAGUAUGGCCAAUUCCGGUAAAAAUACCAAUGGCUCUCAAUGUAAGUUCCCGAUCUCCGCUAAUGGGUUGAUCUUCGUGCCUUGUUUUUUUUUGGAUCAUUGCUAACCGAACUCCCGUACUGCAUCGUUUGUCUUUGGUUUUAUCGAUCCCUACAUUUGAAAUGAUCUAUGGGAAUUGAAGUCUUCAUCACCACAAAAGCGACACCCUGGUUGGACACACGACAUGUCAUUUUUGGUAAAGUUCUGGAUGGAAUGAAUACAGUUCGACUGAUCGAAGAGAGAUGCGGUACUCAAUCCGGAACGCCGCUUGGGGUUGUUAGGAUCGAACGAUGCGGAGUCAUAGAGUCGAAGGAAGAUGAAGCGACAAAGCAAACCACUAAAUGAAAUCCAGAAGCGUCGAGCCUACCGGACUAGCAAAGUGUGAAAGUUCCUGUAAAGGCAAAUCGCAUAU